GCUUGGCUUUUCAAGCGACGUUGCCAGUAACGCAGAUUGUACAAUGUCGAACGGUGGGGCGACAUAUUGACAUGUGUCUGAAGGGACUGAGAAAACCACGAGAAACUCAGUGAGCGCAGCUGUCAACCGAACUUAGAUUUCAACCACGGGUCUCUCGAACAGAAAGCAGAAAUGUUUCCUAAGCGAAUGCUCCGCGUGUGAAUGUUUGUAUGUAACAGGAGAUUGGAGUUGCAGUUAUUAAAUAUUAUAAGGGUAAUGAAACCAAGGGCGAUGAGACGGAUGGUCAUGUAGCACACAUGGGAGAAAUGAGAAACACGUACAAAACAUUGGUCAGAUAACUGAAGUAAGGAGGCAACUCGGAAAACGCUGAUGCCAAGAACUGAAGAGGAAUAAUAAUAAGAAGUGGGUCAAGAUGGUGGCAGCGACGCCCUCGGAGUUUGGGCUCCACAACCGAGAGGUCAAACUGCCCGGAGGCAGCGUCGAGCCCUUUCCGGGCCAGAGCACAGAAUCCCUGCCAACCAGAAGUACAGAAAUGCUGAACAAGGUGGAACUGAAACGAGAACUUGGACUGUUCAGUGCUGUCAACCUCAAUGUGGGGUGCAUGAUAGGCUCUGGAAUAUUCAUAUCGCCAUCAAUAGCACUCGAGCGGGCUGGAUCUGUGGGGCUGUGCCUUGUCAUCUGGGCAGUGUGCGGAGCCAUCUCCUUGAUGGGAGCAUUAACAUUCGUUGAACUGAGCUCUGUUGUGCCUCGUUCUGGGGCAGAGUACUCCUACUUCCUGGAAGCAUUUGGAAGUCUCCACAAAUUCUGGGGUCCACUGCCGUCCUUCGUCUGUGCCUUCAUCAAUGUUUGUAUACUGAAUCCAACGUCAACUGCGGUCAUAAUACUGACAUUCUCAGAAUACGUCUGUCACCCGUUUGCCCAUCAGAUGAGUGGCAUGACACCAGAGUCACAGGAUAUGGUCAAGAAGAUGAUUGCAAUUGUAGGCUUAGGUUUGAUGACUGUCAUCAAUUUCAUGAGCGUGAAGCUCUAUGUGCGGAUGCAGAACAUAUUCUCUGUGUGCAAGCUUGUCGUGUGUGGCAUUGUCAUCCUGACUGGCGUGGUCCUGCUUUGUACUGGGGAGACGGAGAAUUUGUCAAAAGGUUCUGAAGGCUCAGCAGCCUCUCCAGAAAAUUUGGCUUUAGCGUUCUAUGGUUGCCUCUGGUCAUACGGUGGAUGGUCUACAAUUACAGUCAUCACAGAAGAAGUCAAGAAGCCUGAAGUCAAUGUUCUACGUAGCAUCGUAAUCACGCUUCCUCUUGUGACAGCAGUGUACCUCAUGAUGAAUGUAGCAUACAUGACGAUACUUACAAUACCAGAAAUGGUAACAGCGUCGGCAGUCGCGGUGGUUUUUGGUGACAGAAUGCUUGGGGUGAUGAAUUUUAUAAUUCCCGUUGGUGUGGCGAUAUCAACGUUCGGGUGUGCAUUGAACAAUCAGUUCGCUACUGCAAGGCUUUGUUAUGUGGCUGGCAGAGAGGGUCACAUGGUGGAGGCGUUCUCCUACAUACACAUGAGACGCCUCACCCCUGCACCGGCCGUGCUCCUCCAGGGUCUCUUGGCGUUCUUAUUCAUCAUUUCUGGUGACAUCAAAUCACUCAUUGACUUUUGCAGCUUCCUCGUUUGGAUAUUCUAUGGAUUUGCAAUGGUGGCCCUCAUGGUCAUGAGGAAAACCAAGAAAGAUGCAAGUAGACACUACAAGGUUCCUGUCUUUAUUCCAGUGCUGGUGAUUCUUGUGGCAUUGUUCCUUUGUUUGGUGCCAAUCAUCACAGACCCAACACCAAAAUAUUUCCUUGCCCUCCUGUUUAUUGGGCUUGGAAUGAUUCUGUAUGUGCCAUUAGUUUAUCACAAGUUUCGACCAAAAUGGAUGAAUGAGUUUACAUAUUUCAUACAAGUGCUCCUGGAGGUUGUUCCUCCAGAGAAUGAACUGGAAUGAUGGAUGCUAACGACAGGUUCUCUCUCUGUCUCCAGCGAAUUGUCUUCAUAUACCUGUUUGUCUGUGUAUGCAUGCCUGCCUUCUGGAGAAAUGUGUUAUGUUGUGUAUGUAUGUAAAUAAGUAUUUAUAUUUACAUGUAAGUAAAUAAAAUUUCAGUGUGUUGUGUGUGUGCUGCAUUGCAGUGUGUUUACCACCUCUGUGCUCAAAUUUGUUCAUCCAUCCAUCUGCUACUAGUUCAUGGUGUUAUGCUGCUUACCAGCUGGACAUUGUCAGAUUUCUAUGUUUAUCACAGAUUUAAUAAAGUGACACGUUCAUUCCGUUACAUUUA